AUGCCCGUCGGCGUGUGCGUCAUCACCGGUUUUCUCGGCAGUGGCAAGACGACGCUGGUGAAUUACAUCUUAAAAGCUGAUCAUGGGUACAGGAUAGCCGUCAUUCUCAACGAUUUCGGCGCCGAACUCGGCGUGGAGAAGAUGCUCGUCCAACAGGAUGGCGUCGACGGGGACAACGCCUCGCGCACGCUCGUCGAGGAUUGGGUCGAACUUAACAACGGAUGCGUGUGUUGCACGGUUAAGGGGAGUUUGGUGCAAACCAUCGAGGGUUUGCUGGAGAAGCGGAAGGAGAUGGGGGAAAAGUUUGACUUCAUCCUCCUCGAAACCACCGGACUCGCUGACCCGGGGCCAGUGGCGCGCGAGCUGUGGGUAGACGACGAACUCGUGGAGGAAGACGGGGCAGUUUUAGACUCCAUCGUGACUUUAGUCGACGCAUCGAACAUCGAGAAGCAGAUCGAGGAGAACAAAGAGGCGACGCUGCAGGUGGCGUAUGCGGAUACGAUUUUGUUAAAUAAAGCCGACUUGGUGAAGGCGGAAGACUUAGAGCGCGUGAAAGCGCGAAUAGCAGCGAUUAACGCCGAAGCCGAGAUAGUGGUGACGACGAGAUCGAGCGUGGAUUUAGGCAUCGUGCUCAAUCAAGGCACGGUCGCCGGUGGAGGUUGCGGUAGGAAGCCGUACGCACCUGCGUCGAGCGUGCACAAUUCAGACAUCAGAACCGUGUGCAUCGCCACGAGUGGGUUCUUGGAUGGCGAAUCCUUUCAAAACUGGCUCGAAGACUUGCUGUGGGAACGACGAAACGCCGAGGGCGGCGCGGACAUUUUACGCGCCAAAGGUCUCGUUUACACCGCAGGAUCGGACAAGCGCCGAGUGUUACAAGCGGUUCGCGAAGUGUACGAAAUCACGGACGGGCCCGUCGAAGAGAACUCGGACGAAGUGAUGAACAAGCUGGUGUUCAUCGGACGUAACUUGGACGAAGACGCCUUGGCAGUCGGCCUGAAAUCGUGCGUCGCGCGCGACUGA